AUGCUGAGCAGCCAUUUGCAUUGGGGGCUGAUCCAAAAGUCAGGAAACAGUUGCUGUUUGUCCAGUGCUCAUUUUGUGGUAACAUUUUCCGCGGGAACCGCACUGCGCGCUACUCUCUUUUGUAAAAUAUCAGCAGUAAAAUCUGGAAAGGCCAUUAUAAAACAACUUUGUCUGACUCCGUUUCACCACUCAGAUUUUGGUUGUGUUAACUAA